AUGUAUUUCAUUGUUCUUGCGAUGAUCGUGUGGUUAUUUUUAAGCAUUCCCGUCAUCUCCGCGAUGCUGGAUGAAGACGAGUUUACAAUUCUAAGGGAUGGUAAUGAAGAGGACUGUAAAAUUUGCUACGGAUUUGACUGCACCGCUUUCAGUGAACCGAGAUGCGAGUAUUAUGGUGAAGUUUAUAACAAUUAUGCGUAUAUAGAUGAUUAUGAACCAGAAGACAAUGAUUUGAACGAAGAAGUUGGGAACAUGAUUCUGCAAUAUGUUGAGAAAGCAUCGCAGGGUCCGUACGAAGAUUGUCUUCCACUCGUAUCCCAGUAUACCAACUGCAAUAAAGAGAACAUUUGUGUAGAGUGCAAAAUAUGUAGCUGUGAUACAUAUGGAAGAUGGAAUUGUAGCUCAGUUCAGCAUUGUGUGACGAAUGAUCGCCUGGUUGCUGACCACGGAACGUUGGCUGUGGUGUUGGAGAAAGUCCGGAGAUCAGUAAUAAAUCAAUUCAAUGAUACUAAUUCCGAAUCGGAUUUGUUAGAUUUUAAUGAUUUAUUAAAUGGCGCGAUGAGAGACGACAAUCAUGAUACAAAUACUAAACAGCAAGAAGCAAUAUUUUAUAAAAAUAACGAUUCCGUCUCCUUUGAUCUACUUAAAGAAAUUGGUGUUUAUGAUGGCACUGAGGCAAACCAAUUGAACAUACCCGCUGAAAAAACCGAAGAUAAAACAACCAUUUCUAUGAAUACCGAACUCACUAAAACGAAUACCGGAGAGAAUGAUAUUGCUAUAUUUUCUUCAAAUGAUGUGAAAGAAAAUAUUCUGAAUAUAAAGAAACGUGAAGUACCUUUCGAUGCAAAUGAUACAAAUGUUGUAUUACCAAUAAAUUAUAAUAAUACUAUCGACAAAAUGGAAGAGUUACAGAAAAAUUUAGUACUUUCAUUAAAUAAAAUUGUAAAUGAAAAACAAAAGGAGCUUGAAAAAUUGACUAAUAUCAAAGAAAAGCUCAUUUUGUAUCUCAAAUCGAUUGGAAAUAUAAGUAUUCCGAAUGACGUAUCAAAUGAUUCGAAAUACGAUGAAAAUUCCAUCAUAAAUUUGUAUCAAUUUGAAGCGAAACAGCCACAAGAGGAUUUAAGAAAAUAUGAUGCAAAUAUUUUAGAGAAAUAUUUGAAAAAAUUAAAAAGCGAUAUACAUGAAGUAAUACGAGACGUUGCAGGAAUACAAAGAAUGUCAAAUACUUCCAUUCCGCGCGAUCUAAUCGUUCUAAUACGAGCUAUGAAAUACUACGUUAAUAAAGAAAAUAAAAAGCUAAAUAAAAUAAAACCGCAUAUAUAUGGUAGUUAUCGAAAACAUUUGGACUCACAUGAUACAAAAGAAAACAAUAAUCAGCUUGUAGAUAUUAUAAUUAAUAUUCUAGAAGUUCUAGAUAAAGAUGCACCCGCUAGUGAUGUAUUAGUCACUGUCUCUUCAGACUUAAGGAAAAUAUUAAAAAGAAUAAUUCGAACAUUUUAUCCAGAUGUUUUUGACGUUAAUUCAAAAGCGUUUAAUCCUAAUAACAUUCUGAUUUACCUAACGAGUAUAGGAACUAAAUGGCAAAAUUCCAUACGAGAAAUUGAGAAAAGUUCGAUACAUGAACGUCUUUACAGUCUUAAAUCUUUAAAUAUCGCGAUAUCAAAAGAUAUUCUAAAGAUGAAUAAUGCUCUAAAAUUAAUGGAAUUUGCAAAUAAUCGAAGAAUGGCACCGAACAGUGAAGUUUUAGAAGAAAAAGUUUUUAAACUAGCUAACGAUUUGCAUCAAAUGAAAAGUCGAUUAAAGCAAACAAUAAAAUUAAAACCUUAUCAACGUUUUAAAAAUAAAAACAAAAACGCUGUAAAAAAGGAAUCAUUCUUUCAAAAAAUUAAAAAAAUGUUGAAAAGUUCCAAGAAGCAAUUUCGAAAACUAUUUCACAAAAAUGUUACCAAGUCUGAAAUAGUACGACAAAUGGCAAGAAAAAAAAUGGACGAAAUAAAUAAGAAAAAAAUGUUGGAAUACGAGGAAAUUAUGCAAAGGUGGCAGAACAAUUUGAACAUAAUGUCCGUAAGAAAUAAAAGGUCACCUGGAGGAUUUCAAAAUUUUAUGUACAAAAUAAAACACCUUUUUUCUCCACGCCAUUCAAGAUCUUACAAAUCGACCAUACUUAAAAACAACAAAAUCGGAUCCAAAAUAACUACCAAGAAAAUAAAAUAUCACGGCUUUAUAACAAGUAUGACUGAAGAUUCCGAGUUGAAAUCCGGACAAACGCCACUGAAUUUUCACGUGCAUGAUUUUUGA